UCGAUAUUCUCUUCAUCUUCUAAACUGAUAAACGUUGUAUCGUAUGACAACGUUGAACCAUUCAUAUUUUACAUAACUAUUGGCUAUUAGAUUUUCGUCGUACAGUCAGACAACAUCCAUCUAUAAUCUUUACUGGGCGAGGGAAGAGAAAAAGUCUCGGAAUUCCCCACAUUACGGUUCGGUGGUCAAAUAGCGCUAAGCUGUAACAGUAUUGAACCAAGUCACGAACCGCUUACUUGUGGGCUUACUAACUAACUGUAGUAUUUCCAUUCAGUGGUGUUUGUCACGGCUGCGUUGGAUCAAGCAAGUUGAAGUGUUGGGUUUCACACCCAAACAGGGCCAUGAUGAAGAACGGACAUGAAGAUUUGUGGCUAAACUACUAAAGAAGGAAAGCUACCACUCUGUCAUCAAAUUGAUUGAGAAGUAAUUCAACAUGGCGAGCUCAUUAGGUCAGUUUCUCCAUGAAGAAGAUAUUGACGAGGCAAUGCGACUUGCCAAGAAAAUUGAAUACAAACAGCUUGAUGAAUACGAGCGCAAGAUGAUUAACAACAUACUGGAUUUUAACUGGGAUGAAGAACAUCAGAUGGUGUCUAACUUACUACAUGCUCCUCAUCUAAUCCCAGAAGAAGUGCGGUUAAAAACCCUCAUUAAAGGCUUACGGGAAGAAAAGCAACCGUAUUAUGCCCUUGCAGCAGCAACAGGGAUAGCGAGUCUCAAACUUGAAGGGCCAGAUGCUGAAAGGAUUAUCGAUCUUCUCAAAAAAAUAUCGAAUCACAAGCAGGGGACAAUCGCGGUUCGGGGAUUCAUGACGUUAGCUGGCCUUCUCAGUCAUCCAAAGGACACUUCAUUUGUUAUUAAAUUUAUGUACAAAUCUAAAUCAAAUCUGAGGUAUAAUUCAUUGGACUGGUUGAUCGCCAAUAUUCACGAUAAAAAUGAAAUACUGAAAGUUCUAGAAGAUAAAUGUAUUCCAGAAGAUGUGAGGCAAGAAGCAACCGAUCGAGUGAACACCGUAUACCUUGACAAGGAAGAUCAAAUUGAAAGCCGAGACUGGACUACAGAAGACAUCCAUCACUUCACAUUUGUUCCUAAUCUUGCCGAGUUCGAAGCCAUGAUGACAAAAGAACAGACACUUUCAGAGCUUUUCUCUGAACUUGACACAGACAAGGAUGGCUUGAUCACCGCUAAAGAGCUGAAGGAGUUCUGCGAAGACAUAGGUCAAGACACCACAGAUGAGAAUGCUAAUAAAGAUAUAGCACUGGUAGAUAGUGACAAGGAUGGUAAAAUUAACAGAGACGAAUGGAUAGAGCUGAUGUUUCCGAAAUUCAAUAUACAAUGAUCAAAUGGCCAUAGUUAGUCUUUAGUUAGGAACUGAGUUAAAUAAUGUGUUUACAAGCGGUAACACACUAAUUCAACCCUUCUAAGCACUCAGAAAAACGCGCUAAAUUUGGAUAAGUAGAAAGCGGUAUCAUAGUUCAAAGUUCGAGUGUUUGCACUCUUAGCCGCUCAGCCGAGUCAUGAAACGGAGAAUAUGGCGUGAUGUUGCCAUUAUUUGACAUGUUUAUGCUAAAAGUAAUUAUUUUCUUUUCCAUCUCAAAAUGAAAAUUUAUAAUUUCAUGACGAACGUAACGUUUGGCUUGGUUUGGUCUGCGCAGAGCCAAGUGUCAUUCCCUAGAGUAUUAUUUCUUUGUUUAACGGUUGCGCAUGAGAAAACACAUGAAUAUGGAUUCUACUCAAACAAAGAAUCUUAUUUUCAAGAGAAUGACACGUGAACUGAAAUGAGAACAGUACGCCCAAAAUAAGGGUCUAUUUUUGAAGUCGAUGAUUUCAUCUUUCUAGGGUUUGUUUGCUAGCAAUUUGAUACCUAACGUUGCUUUUUUCUUUUAGAGAAGUCAGAACUGGUUGUGAAUAAUAUUGUAAUAAGCAAACAUAAGCAAACAGCGUGAUAUAUCAGUAUGGUAUUACUUAACAGACAUGUCAAUUGCUUGAGUGUGUGACCGUUAUAAAACCAUGACUUGCAUAGCUAGUAGUUAAGAUCACUAAAUGGAUACUGACCUUCAAAAAAUCACCGAUAAGGAGAAGAAAACAAAAACAAAGCAAAUAAACAACAACAAACAAACAAAAUACAAACCGAAACAAAAACAAACUAAAAAAACCACAAUAGAAAGGGAGAGAAUUGUCAAGGUAAGAUUUUAUAACCGGGCACCAUUAGGUAGCUGCAUAAUUGUUUUUUAAGGUGUCCAAAGGAARAUAGACGAGACAAAAUGAAAAUAUGUUGUUCAAAACAAUGAUAUUAAACAGAAUAAAAAUUGCUCGUAAACCAUCUGA